CCAUGACUCGCGUCACGUCCCGUUAUAGUUAUAACCCUAAACAACAUGGAAGUUUGCUUAGUGAAUUAUUGAACCCAUUUUGUUCAGUGUCUAUUGAGUCGGUUAAUUAAUUGUUAAUGUAAUUUAGUCGUUUAACGUUUUAAUGCUGCUAUUUGAUAAAAAUAUAAAUUGAUUGAGGUUAUGAACGGUUGGGGCACGAAGUAUUUGAUGUUUGGAAUAGUUCGCAAGCCUUUCCUAUUAGUGGAUAUUAUAAAGAUGAAGAUGAAGGCAACUUGACUGACUGCCCUUCUCUCGCAGCUUUAUACUAUGAAAUUUGAGGGGUUAACUGAGAGAUGUACGGGGACACUGAACGAGGAGGGGCUGCGACCGCUCUGCGCUUUGUGACCUGCGACCUCUCAUCUCUCUCCGACUGUGGUUGUAUGACCUCAGCAGAUUCAGACCUAGUUGGUUCGUCUACCAAAAGGAAAACACGUUCUAGUGGUUCUCAUAUAGAUCCUGAUUCUUUCACAGCCUUAUCUGCUAAACGUCUUAUACUUGGGCGGCCAACUUUGAUUGACCGCUUGAUCUCACGAAAUAAAUCAGCCCUUGAAGAAAUGGAAGGUAAAAAACGAGGACCAGGUAGGCCACCCCUAUCUGCAAAGAAUAAAGUAGAUCCCAAGGAAGCAAUGAAGAGAAAAAGGACUGAUAGUAUGAAUGGAACCUCACCAGCUAUCAAGCGUCUUCGAAGUGCCAAAGAAGGUUCUGAAUCAGAUUCAUCAGAAUCAAGAAAUACUUCAAUUGAGAGAAGAAGAGGUCGACCUCCUCUUGAAAAAUCAGGUGAUAAAAAAACAUCCCCCAAGAAACCAACAAGAAAAAUUGAAAGAAGAUUUUCUGUUAGAAUUCACCAUUCAUCUCUCCGAAGUGGUAAAAAGCGUAAAGAACUACUAGCUUUAAAACAAAGGCGUAUCAGGAAUUUAGCAAAAGAUGCCAAAGGAAAAAAGAAAUGGAAUGGGCUGGACAAAACUGACUCAAACUCUAAUGUUUGUCCUGAAAAUGACAGUAACGAUGAAAUUGAUGACAGUACAGAUUCAGAAAUUAGCAGAGGUACAUCAGAUGUAUCUGAUGUUACUUCAGAAACUAAGAAAAUGGAAGAAAAACAGAAAAGUCCUGAAGAAGAUAUAAAGAAAAAAAGAAAACGGCGGAAAAGAGAUUCUAUGUGGGUACGAAAAGUUAAGAAACAAAUAAAAGCUAAAUCUGAAAAUGCUGAUACAUCUCUUUCUUCCCUUCCAUCCUUAGAUAAAAUAAAUGCAGAUGAGGAUGAUGAAGAGGAAGAAGAUGUUUCAGAAAUAUUGGAAACUUCAGAUAUUCCUAUUUUAGAUAAAGAAAGUGAUGAAUCAUUAAUUUUAGACAAUAGUAUUAAAGUAGAACCAGUCUCGAACAAUACUAGUGCUGAAGAUGUUGCAAUGCCGAAGUUAGAAAAAGAAGUGGAUCUACCUUCUGAAAACAAUGAAGAUUUACUAACAGUAAAACAAGAUUUUGAAGUUGUUGAAUCAGAAAACAUUAUAUCCCUAGCUAUUGUUUCUGAAUCGGAAGCUUCUUGUUCCGAAUUUGUUGCAGAAAAUAAUUCAACUGAUAUUGCAACUGAAGAAAAAAAUGCAGAUGAUUCAUCUACAGAAGUUCCUUCAGACAUUCCACUGGAGGAAAAAAAUCCACCUGAAGAUCCGUAUUUGGACAUUAAUAUUUAUAAUUUGUCUGCAGAAAAAAAAGCUGAUGACGAUACUAUCAUUUAUAAUAGAGAAACCGAGACUGUUCAUAAAACUGAAAAUGAGAGAAAAGAACUGAAAAUAUCCUGUGAGAAAAAUGAAGAUACGUCAGUGUUGAUAAUCGAGCAAAUUAUUGAUAAAUGUGAUUACACUUCAAAUGAAAAUUCAAGUGAUGAUCAGUCAAUCGAUACAAAAGAAGACAGUAUAAUGUCUAUCUCAACAGACAGCAUGAUUGUUACAAAUGGAGAACUAAAUGUAUCUGAAGUAACAAGCGAUUUCGAAAAAAUUAAGGAUGGAGAGAGGUCAGAUUUAGUAAAUGAAGAACUUUAUAGCUGUAAGGAGAGUAAUAUACUAAAUGAUAAACAUGAUGAAAUUGAUAAGGUGAAUGAGAUAGUAAAUGAAAAAUGUGAUGAUGUCUGCAUGGAAAGUGCGAUAGGAAAUGAAAAACUUGAUGAUAUCUGUAUGGAAAGUGAGAUGUUAAAUGAAAAACUUGAUGAUAUCUGUAUAGAAAGUGAAAUAGUGAAUAAAAAACUUGAUAAUAUCUGUAAGGAGAGUGAGAUAGUUAAUGAAAAACUUUAUGAUAUCUGUAAGGAAAGUGGGACAGUAAAUGAAAAACUUAGUGUUAGUUGGGAGGAGAGUGAUGUUUCUGAAGUAGACAAUAAGGCAAUGGAAGAACUAUUAGAAAAUGAUGUAUCAGAACAAACUGAAAAUGUCAUAGAAUUUAAUCAUGAAACUUCAGAUGAAAUGAUGGAUUCUAGUAUUGAAAUAAAAGAAGAACCACAGGUUGAUGCUGACUCUACAUCUGAUGUUAAGCCCUCUCUGGAUGAUUCCUUUACUGAUUUUUCCUUAAGUUUGCCUGACGACUUAGAUUUGGAUAGCUCUCUAUCAGAUGAACAUGAAGAUGGAAUUUUAGAAGAUGAAUCAGAUCACAUUUUCCCGGAUUCCACAGAAGAAACAAAGUUGCAUGGACCAAAACCUGAGGAUAUUGUCUCUUUUACUCCCACAACAGAACCUUGUCAAGAUGACCAGUUUCCAGUUGAAUCCAUUCCUAAUGGAGCUUCUGAAUCAUGUGAUAUUUCUGAAGAACAACAGAAGACAAGAGAGUUAGAUGUGGCUGUGAUUUCUAAUAAUGAUGAAAACAUUGCUUUAAGUGAUAGUCAGGAAAAAACAGAUCCAAAAACAGCCGAGGAUGUUCUUAGUGAAAUUAUGGAUAAAGAUAAAACUGUAGAUACGAAGUAUGAAGAAUUAACUAAUGAACAAAGGCAAAUGAAAGAAUCUGUUUUACAAGCCCUUGGUUUAAAAUCGUUAACUCCACAACAACCUGAAGAAAAACCAAAGAGAGAUGGUUACACGGGAACACUGAAGGCUGUGAUUAAACUUAAUAGAACUGGGGACAAAAAGAGGAUGGUAUACAGAAGAUCCGAAGAUAGUAUGGGCGAGCUUGAAUACCGUAUCUGUUCAGAGAUUCCUGCAACUGAUGGUGUUCCAAUUACACAUUUAAAUGAUAUAGCUAGCAUUCGAAAAAAUGUAUCUAAUAAAGUACAUCAUGACAGUGAUGUCCCAAACACUGCAUCUAGUGCUCCGGUCACUAGUAACGGGCAUUCAGAAGAUCAUGAGACUAAUAAUCAAGAUGAAUCAAAAGGCGCAAGUGCUGGUAAGGAAUCUAACCUCAUAAUCCCUGAGAAGAGUUCUUCAUUUUCUAUCCAUCCUGGAAGACUGUGCUCUGAUGUAUGUAGUUAUUGUUUUGGGAAAUUUGGUUGCCUUGACACUCCCUGCCAUGUAGCUCAGCUCAAAUCUGAAAGACAAAAGAAAAUACUUGAGAAUGAGCCCCAUCUUACAGGAGAAUCUUGCUUAUGUGACGCCUGCUACAGGUAUGUUGAUAGGAAAGCAAACUGUCCUUCAAAAGCUAAUGCGACACCAGGAACUUCUGGGGGGAAAACUAAAGUACGUCCUCCUGCUAGCUCGCAGUGUUGUGUCAACCAUUGUUCCUUGCAAGCAACUCAUACAGUCAAGAAAAAAUGGCUUGUCAAGCUCAAGAAAAGCAUUUCAAACAAGAUUCAAAAUGAUAAGUUGGAUAUUGACCUUGAUAAAUCAGCGGCCAUGUAUUUUCCUCUCUGUGCUCAGCAUCAUUAUUGGGUGGACUAUUUUACUGUUUGCGGUAUCUGUCGAAAACGUCUUAAUCGUAACCAUCUUUACACUCUUGGUUCGGAGACUGAUCGAUUGAACCUCAUGCUAGCCGAAGAUGGUAUUCCUGCAAGACUUUCUGACAAACUAUUUUUGUGUAAACUUUGCCGGUAUUACAGUAAUUUAAGGCUGAAGUAUGCAGAUCCAGGAUCUAUUCCGUCAAGUGGUCGCAUUUUCUACAGAGAUUAUCGCCGAAAAAUUCUUAUGUCCUUGGAUAUUCCUGUGAGUGAUUCCGAUGAAGAACAGAUAAAAGAAGAAAAAAAGAAAGGACUUAAAAAGACUUCAACUGAAGGAGUUCCUAACACUAAUGGUGCUGGUUCAUCGACCAAAUCAGAAGAAGGUGUCAUGUCCCUCACUAAUCUUGCGACUCUUCUCGGGGAUCAGCCAGAACAACAAGCCAGGAUACAGGUGAAAUUUGGAAAUGUAAAUAUUGGCCGAUUAAGUAACCUCAACAUUGGUCAGGGUGGCCGAGAAGAAAAGAGACCUUAUUCAGAUGUAGGUCUUCAAGCCAACCUCGAAUUCCAAGGCCCUGCAGUUCCUGAUGGAAGCUGGGAAAGAUGUGUGUCAACUAUACAAUUUGAUAAAAGAACUAAAAAAUUGUGGCAAGAUCUUCAAAAACCGUAUGGUAAUCAGUCAUCAUUUCUAAGGCAUCUUGUGAUGCUAGAAAAAUACUGGAGAGCAGGAUAUCUCAAUCUUACUCCAGGUGCCGACGAACGAGCUGCGAAGUACUUAAAUGGUGUUAAAAAUAGGAUAAAAGCUUUUGAAGGAAGUUCAGAAAAACCUUCUGCUACUACUGCUCCACCAGUUGCAACACCACCAUCCGGAAAUGAAAAGAAGUUUCCUCUGAUUACCAACACUGGCGAGAUCGAAGUGACACCAUUAAAAGCAGCUCAAAAGAAAGUCACUCCGCCAGUUAUGGUAGAAAAGAAACAGAUGACACCUUUGGACAGGGCUAAAUCUCUUGUCAGAAUGAUACAGCCUACUCAACGGUUCUCCCCUCCAAUCCAAAGGUAUCAAGUACCAAUGUAUGUUCCUUAUACUUACCCUCAGACACAGCAGCAUCAGCAUCACCAUCACCCUCAGCAGAGGCCACCUCCUCUUCUGAAAAUUCGAAACAAAUCUAUGCCACAAGCUUACUACCCAACAAUACCUCCUAUUCCAGGAACACAGAAUCUUAAACCGAUUCUUCCCAAACUGCCAAGAGCACUAACAGUGACCCAAGUUUCACAUGGUGUUCCAGCGAUCACGUUAAACAGGUCAGGAAUAACUAUUGAAAAGCAGAGUGGUGGGUCCUCCGUCAUGCCAGCUCUUCCAAUCGAAAAGCCCUCCAUCUCAGUCUUCAGGGAACCUGCUCCUGGCCCCCCUUGAAGUGCCUUCAACUCAAGACUGUCUACGUUUAAGAAAAUAAAUUCAAUUUUUAAUAUAUAUAUUUUUAUACUCAGAGAAUCAUGAGUUACCCAUAUAAUGUACUCUGCUUGCAGUGGUUUUCAUUUAUUGUUAAUUUAUGUUGAAGCAAAUGUAAAGUGAACAUUUACUUGAGUGAUAUUGGUUUGCCUUGAAUAUGUCAACUUAGUGCGAUCUGGUACUGGUCGUCAUGUAGUGUACAGUCAGUGAAGUGUGAAAUGUAUACGUUGUAUACUCUGUUUUAAGUAAGUUGACUAUUUUUUAACAAUUAGUUUUAAUUUUGUAAUAGUUAUAAAAAAUAAAUCACAUAUAGUGAACAUAAAUAUAAAUAUGGAAAGUGAUAUUUUUUUUAAAUAUAUAUAUCUAUAUAUGUAUGAUGGAAAGAUGCACUAUUUAAUAUACAGUUUGGUGAUGCACGAUUAACUAAUUCUUCAAACUAAAAUUUUCUCUCAGUCAUUUAGAACUGAUUUUUGGUGCUUGAAUUUUUUAAGGUGUUGCAAAAAUUUUAUUUUGUAUCUUCUUGUUUUGAGUGCAGUCUCUAAGAUCUCAUACAUUUAUGAUUUACCUUUUAUAAUCAUUAAUAAUUAUGAAAUUAGUAUCAUUAAUCUCUUAGAAAAUUAUAUGGCUGUUUUACAAUGAAGUCCAAAGAAAUUUUUCAUUAAUAUGUAAAUGUACAACUUAGUUAAUUCAAGAAGUAAAAAGAUAAAUAAAAAAAUUUAUUAAAGAUAGGAGAUUGCACUUGUAUUUUGUAAAUUUCCUUCUGCUACACCUUGUAAUGACUGAUUAGCGUUCCUAUUUUUUUUUUUUUUUAUUCUUGACACAUUUAAUAGCUAUUUAUUAUUAUUAUUAAUUUUUUUUGUUAGUUAUGCAUAUAUAUUUAUAAAUAAGUGAAUAUGAAAUGCACUUGUAAAUUAUUAAAACAUUUUUGUUAUUAUUUGAGGUAAUUUUUUUGUUUUCUUUUAUUAGUAAGAUUGUACAAUAAGAAGUUAUGUGCCUUUUUGCAAUUAAUUUCUUCAUUUUAUGCCCUGUGUAAAGGCCUUCUGGAUAAUGCGGCAUAUUGAUAAGUGCCUCAACAAAUAUAGCAUUUCCUGUAUAAGUUAUUUAUAUUUAAGGAACAUUGAAAAUGAUAUAUACAUAUAUAUAUAUUAUACAGAAAACGUAUAUAUAUAUCGAUAUCAAUAAAUUAUUGAUGCAGAAGUGAUACAGAUGAUUUAUUUGUUGUAUGAUAGAGAGUUCUAUUAUGACUUUGUAUAUUUAAUGACGUUUGCACUAUGUACUAUCUAGUUGUAAGAGCUCAUUUAAUGUGUGAUCCUUCUCAUAUCAAGUAAAAUUUCAAUAACUUCACUUUUUUUACUUACGAUUUUUUUUUUUUUAAUAGAUUUUAGCAAUGUACCAAAGUUAGAUUUUCAUUUUUAUUAUCUGUCUUGUUAUUAAAAAUAAUUAAAGAAAAAUCUUCUAAACUUUAUGUCCUCUCUAAAAACUUAUGUUUUUCCAGCGUCUUUUAUUUAUUAUUUGUACAAUAUAUUGUGAACUAGAUUACGGGUUAAUUGGAGAAUACUAUUUUUUACAAAUGUAUUUUUUUUUUCCUCAACAUGUAUAAUCGUCUUGAAAAUAUGUAAAUAAAGUAUUCGUAAUCACAAUUUUUAUAAUUACUUUGUAUGGAUACAAAAGCAAUUAUUCCUCAUUAUGUUGAUAUAUUUCUUUUCUGGUUAUUUGAUUAUGAAAAUGAAAUUUAAAAAAAAUAAUGUUUAAGUAAUGUAUAGGUGAUAAUUAAAGAAUAUUUUCUCUAUUAACUAGUCUUUUUUUGGCAUUAUACUCAAAACAUAAUGCAAGUAAUUAAUAUUUACUUUAAAAAAAUAAUUUAAUAUGUUAAUACUUUUGUUUAUAGUUGGGUGAGACCAGAAAAAAAAUGCAAUAAAUGAGUACAAUAAAAUAAAUUUUUGUUUAUGUACAGUUAUACAUCAAAAUUUUGUGUUUUACUUUCAUCCAUUUCUUUUGCAGUUUAUCC